ACAGCUUUUUCAAUUCUUGUUUCAAUCCCAGUUCCCUUUUUUCUCUCACAAACCCAGCUUUUUCUUGUGAAAUUUUACUGGCUUUUUUUCCCUUCUUGUGUUAAAAUUCAUUUAAGCAUGGUUUUAAGCUGGUUUUUCUGGGCCAUUCUUUAUCAGCUUUUUCAGUAGAGUUUCAGAAAAGUUCUGCUAUUUCUGAGCCUUUUUUGUUUUUCCAGUCUUCAAGAGAUAUUCUCUUGCUUUGUUUUCUUGAAGCUCCAAACUGGACUAGUAACAACUGAUUGCAGAUGAUGUUUUCUUUUUGAAAUUCAGUUUUCUUGAGCUGUUUGAAUCUAUAAGCGAGCUGGAAAAUGAAUCCUAGCUUGAAAAAACCAAGGGAAUCUAUGGAUUUAUCGAACUCGUCCGAGUUAACUCAGCCGACAGCAUUUCCAGAUGAGGUGUUAGAGAAGGUGUUGUCUCUUGUGGAAUCCCACAAAGACAGAAACUCAGCUUCAUUGGUUUGCAAAUAUUGGUAUAAUGCUGAGAGAUGGACAAGGACUAAGUUGUUUAUUGGAAACUGUUAUUCAGUCACUCCUGAGAUUGUAGCAAGGAGAUUUCCUAAGAUUAAGAGUGUUACUCUUAAAGGGAAGCCUAGAUUUUCUGACUUUAAUUUGGUUCCAGAGAAUUGGGGUGCUGAUGUUCAGGUUUGGCUUGAUGUUUUUGCUAGAGUUUACCCCUUUCUUGAGGAGUUGAGGUUGAAGAGAAUGGCUGUUACUGAUGAGAGUUUGGAGUUUUUGGCUAAAUCAUUUCAUGGAUUUAAGGUUCUUUCUUUGUUGAGUUGUGAUGGUUUUAGCACUGAUGGGAUUAGUAGCAUUGCUACUUACUGCAAGAACUUGACGGAGCUGGACAUUCAGGAGAAUGGGAUUGAUGACUUUACUGGUAGUUGGCUAAGUUGUUUUCCAGAUGACUUUGCAUCACUAGAGGUGCUAAACUUUGCUAGUCUAAACAGUGAGUUCAGUUUCGAUGCUUUAGAGAGACUUGUCAGUAGGUGCAAAUCACUGAGGGUUCUGAAGUUGAACAAGAACGUCACCUUGGGUCAAUUGCAACGCCUGCUCGUCCGGGCUCCUCAGCUGAUGGAGCUGGGUACAGGACCCUUCGUUCCAGAGCUCACUGGUCGGCAGUAUGCAGAACUUGAAAGUGCAUUCAGCAACUGCAAACAUCUCCACACUCUUUCAGGUUUAUGGGAAGCGACUCGAUAUUUACCGGUUCUUUAUGCAGCCUGUGCUAGCCUGACUUUCCUCAACUUGAGCUAUGCAACCAUUCGGAGUAAUGAAUUUUCGAAGCUUCUUGCUCAUUGCCCAAAUUUAAGACGCCUUUGGGUCCUUGACACUGUUCGAGAUAAGGGAUUAGAGGCCGUUGGAGCCAACUGCCCUUUGCUUGAAGAACUGCGAGUAUUCCCUGCCGACCCUUUCGAGGAGGAUAUAGUCCAUGGAGUGACGGAGUCGGGCUUUGUGGCUGUGUCUGCUGGUUGUCCUAAGCUUCAAUAUGUUCUCUAUUUCUGCCGGCAAAUGACUAAUGCUGCUGUUGCAACGAUAGUGCGUAACUGCCCUGAUUUCACUCAUUUUCGUCUCUGCAUAAUGAAUCCUGGCCAGCCAGAUUACUUGACAAACGAACCCAUGGAUGAGGCAUUUGGUGCAGUGGUCAAGACUUGUAAAAAGCUCCAGAGGCUUUCUGUUUCUGGGCUGUUAACUGACCUGACCUUUGAGUAUAUCGGGCAGUAUGCCAAAAACCUUGAGACACUUUCAGUGGCUUUUGCUGGGAGCAGUGACCGGGGUAUGCAGUGCGUGCUUGAAGGGUGUUCUAAGCUGAGGAAGCUGGAGAUAAGGGAUUGUCCGUUUGGAAAUGCAGCACUUCUUUCUGGAAUGGAGAAGUAUGAAUCAAUGCGGUGUCUUUGGAUGUCAGCUUGCCGUGUCACCAUGAAUGGUUGUAGAAUGCUUGCACAAGGGAGGCCUAGGUUGAAUGUUGAGGUUAUCAAAGAUGAGAAUAGUGAUGACCUCGCUGAUAAAUUAUACGUCUAUCGUUCUGUAGCUGGGCCACGAAGGGAUGCUCCACCUUUUGUUGUAACUCUCUAGUACAAAGAAACAGGAGUUCUGGUGUUGCACUGGGAUACCCAUGUAUUUCAGCUGGCUUUAUUUGCUGUAUGAUGUUCGUAAAGGCGGAAGAGAGAAAGUAAGUGGACGAUGGAGUUUGAUACCUUUCCUUAUGCUGCAUUUUCUAUGUGUUUUACUUGGAGAAGCUUUGAGAUUUUCAAGGAAGACAACAAAGAGAUGUUUGAGCUCUUGCUGAACUAAUGCAUUAUGAGAAAGAAACCAUGCGAUGAUUCUCUUGCAGUUGGUGAGACCUUUGACCAUUGCAAAUGGUGAUACGUGGAUCAGGGACGAGAAAACUGGAAUGAGGCCACAUGACAAAGUUGAGAAGUUGAAUUCAGCAAAACGUGACAUUGGAAAAUCUGAAGAGUGCUGAAGUUUUUUCUGGCUGUUUGGAAGCAAGAGAAAACUUAGACGUUGAGCGCAAAAAUCUCACAACAAAGAGCAAGAUGAUGAAUGCUGGUUCGAUGACGCAUUUGUUUUGUAACAAUAAGCAGUAUAAUCAUAAAGAAAGAAAAAAGAAACGAGUCACAGGUAUUAUCAUGUAACUUGAAUGAUGGUGAUUAGGUCUCACAGACUUUUAAGUCAUUUGGCCAAAGUGACAAUGCAAAAGAAAAGAAACCAUGGUGUUCUUUUUUUUA